GUGUGUCCUCCGCCAUCGUCGCGAUCCUCUGCUCCCUCUGCUCGCUCUCUUCUCCUGCGACCCGUCCUUGCUGAUGUCCUCUGCGAUAUGGUGCGUUGAUGCUUAGUGCGCCCUGGCCUGCCUGCUAGCGUUUCCGCUGCCUCAGCUCCACCCUUCUCACUUGCUUCCUCCGGGCGCCCGCUGCGAGCGUCUCGACACUGCCCUAACACCGCCCCGACUGCCCUGCGUGCGGCCUGGACAUGCCCCAGACGGCGAGCGAGCCCACGAUGAAUCCGCAGCACCACGCGCCGCCCGCGCCCAGCGAGCUCAAGCGCAAGCGGAGUCCGUCGACGCAUGAGCUGCACUCGGCCUCUGCGCCACUGCCAAAGUCCGCCAAGACGCACAACCACCUGCAGAUCAACUAUCUUGCCCGCCAUCUCGACGAGGAUCUCCCGCUUAUUACCAACGAUGACACGCUGCCCAACAUCCUGUCGCUGCUGGGUGACUACCAGGGUGUGCUCGACCGCCAUGAGAGCAUGGCCUGCAACCUGGGCGCCCGGCCGCUGGGACCCAUCCUGAUCAAGCGCUUCGAGCGCCUGUUUGACGGGCCUCCACGCGUGCUGAAGAGCCAUGGCAAGGAUGGGACGACGGUGACUUGGCUGGACGUCGUCGAGUUUGCGCGCAACAAGUCUGAACAGUUCCAGCUUGGGCAGAUGAGCGAGGGCGUGCGCGUUUGCCAGUUCUACACGAAGCAAUGUCGCGUCCAGAUCUCAGAGGAGGACUACGUACUCAUCUCGUCGGGCAUUCCGCAGAAGAUGAUCCCGCCGCAGCCCAUCAUCGAGGACGAGGAGAAAGAGCUGGGCACGAUUGAAAUACUGGAGAAGAAUCUGGGUCAGAUCUGCCAACUGGCUGAUCAAGUUGCUGCCCGCACUCGCCAGCUUAAUCACAGACUCAAGGGCCGUAAACAGGCCAUCCUUGACCGAAGAGCGACCGCGACCCCCGCCCCACCCAUCCGCCCCUCGAGCCCCUCCAAUGUCGCCCUCAUGAACGGCGGCAGCUCAAGCCUCCCUCCUGUGAACCAAGCGUCGCAAACCUCGCCUAGUGGUUUCAUAGCAGUCAAUGCCCGCUCUCGUCAGGAAUCAAACGGGAACGGCACAUCCUCCACAACGCGCCACGAUCUGCUGAACAAAUUCCACACCCUCAACGAACGUCGCCCUUCAUCUCAGCCCCCAAACGGCCCAACAGACGCUAGACGGCCAUCCGUAGGAGCUCACACCAUCUCACACCCAUCGACCCCCAUGACAAAUGUGUCGCGAGCUCCACCAAAGCCUGUUGAAGCACCAUCACAGCCCCCUCCCCGACCAACCCAACUCAACGAGUCGGAGCUCCAAUCUCUCAUGAACUCGCCCGUCCCGAUCCCGAACACACCAUCCAACCUCCUUCCUGCCGCCAGCCAACGCGCCACGCACUCUCAAGAGAAAGACGACGGUGGCCCCUUCAAGGCGGAAAUGGUGCACCGCAUGGAGUCGCUCGCAAAAGGGGAGCGCAUUCUUCCCCCUUGCGAUCGGUGUCGCAGACUGCACAUGGACUGCCUCAAGAACCUGACUGCGUGCAUGGGCUGCACAAAGAAGCACGCAAAGUGCUCGUGGAAAGACGUCCGCGAGCCAGAACUGCGAGGCGGAUACGCACACCCCAUGGGAUCCAACAGCGGCGGACACAGCGAGACAAGUGACCACGAGGGAGACCGCGCCAGCACAGCGAGUCCCGCCAUGAUGAGCCCCACACUCCCGGGCUUGCAGGUCGUGAAUGGAGGCCAUGCCAGUGCGAAUGGACGUCUCACACCUCAACCCCCGUCAUACCACCUCCCACAUGGUCUCCCCUACGACUCCCGAUUACCAUCCACGCGCAACUCGCCCCCUGAUCGCGAGAGGGAAAGACACGUAGAAGCGCAGCUACAGGAAGCCGCGCAGUCGAGCCUUGCGCAUGCGAAUGCGAGGCUGAAUGGGAGUGAGGGGAAAGCCGGGGAGUAUCAGGCCAUGGUUGCUUGAUGGAUUAGUUUUCUGUGUGCGUGUGUGUAAGGGAGGGUAUAUUGAUGGUUUAGCGGGUGGGUGGGCGGUGCUACUGCUCUCUCUCUCCUUUUGUUACGGGAGUAUUUUCGAUGAUACCAUUUUCCUUCUUCUUGCGACUUGUUCCUUUUAUAUUCUCCUUCUCCUUCUUCUUUUAAAACUUUUACCAUGAGGCAACAGGUUGAGAGUUUCUUGUGCUGGGGCACGCAUCAAAAAUUAUAUUUUAUUCUAUCCAAAUCCAAAUCCGAAUCCAAAUCGACUUUUAUGCUAUUUGUCCUGUCAUGUCGCUAGGUCUUUUCAUGAAAGCAGUGCAGAUACACAUAUAUAUAUAUAUCACCAAUAUUCACAUCGCCU